AUGGACCAAGCAGAUAUCCCGGCGCUGCUGGCGCGCCUUGCCAGCGACGAGGAUGCCGCACGAAAGAUGGCAGUUUUCAAGUUGCAAUCCUCCAUCAACGACCCGGCGUUUGCAGAUGUCUUCAUAUCGUCCGGCGGCCUGGUGAUACUGCGCCGACUGAUAAUGGGUACAGGAGGAAAUACGCUGGCAUACUCGCUCCAGAGCUUGACGAGGCUUCUCGAGGUGGACAUGGGCUGGGACAUAUUCGAAGGCCCGACGGCUGGUGAUUUGGUGGAGCGCAUUGUCGAGUUGAUCGUAACGAACCCGCUGGUCAACAUUCUGCGAGGCGCCAUGUCCAUCUUAGUUGCCCUCGUCAGCCACUCCCAAUCUAGCCCUCCUGGCCAGAACCGAAUUCCUGGGACCUUUGGCUUCCGAGCCCUGAAGCCGGCCGUCGCCGUGUACCCCCAAUUCUUCGAUCUGGUGAUACAACAGCUGCAAUCUGCAGAUCAUGCAUUGUGCGCCAACUCUUUGAUGCUGAUAAAUGCCUUGAUCAGAGACGCUGUAUCGAACGAAGGAGCCCAAAGCACCAAUGGUAAGGCCAGUGGUUCCGAAGAGUGGCCCAAGUUCAUCAAGCGCCUUCAAGAUCUGGGCUUGAUAAAAGCAGUCUUUAGCCUGAUGCAGAGCUCCGCGCUGCAGGACCUUGCGUAUCCUCUGCUUGAAUUUCAAAAUCUUACCAAGUUAUUGCUGAGGAAAUGGAGAGAGGUUCGCGUGGAUCUGGAACGCCCUGAACAUCGAAGAGCUCUCAAGGCGCUACACUUGGCGAGCGCUCCAAACAGAGACCACAUGAAUGGGACGGCAAAAACAGAAGAUGAGGCUGGCCAGAAGUCCAGCAAGAAACACAACCCGGAGAAAUGGCGGAGACUUGGAUUUGAGACCGAGAGUCCAGCUACGGAAUUCCAAGAAGCAGGUUUUCUGGGCAUGAUGGACCUUACAGACUAUGUCAAGAAGAACGAAGAUGGCUUUCAGAAGCUGCUUCUGGAACAGUCCGUCAAGCCGCUAUCAGAGCGUUGCCCGGUUGCACGAGCAAGUCUCGCGAUCACCUUGAUUCUCUACGAACAGUUUGAGAGCGAUAAGAACGAGAUGGAGGACCUCAGGGGCUAUCAACUUUCAGAUGCUAAGCAGCAGGACAAGCUCUACAGACCGCUCUUGUUGCAGUGGUCAAGACUUCAUACAGCAGGACUGGCAGCCUUCUUCCGACUCUGGAAAGCUACCGGCGCGGAGCAGAACGAUUUUGACAAGGUAGCCCAACUGGUGCGCAUCUUGGUGGACCAAGUGAUUGGUCGAGCCAAACGUACAAAGGAAGUGGUUGAGGUUGAAGAAGAACUACUCGAGUUUGAUUGCGGACGCUUGCGCGAGCUUCAGAUGGAGUUACUGGACUUGUCCUUUGAGGACAACUGGGGCCAGCAUCUGUAUCAAGUGAGGGAGGAUUUGCGCAACGAGUCACUUUCUUUCGUCAAGGAACAGCGAAUCCGGUGCCUGUUGGCAGGAGCCUGGUUCUCGAAACCCGCGCCACAGAACAAUGGAGGAAGUGUCUCACAAGGCCAACGACAUGCCAAUGGCACAUUUUGGCGCUACGCCAAGCUCUCACACAAUCGUCGAUUUCUUCACUAUGCCGAUUUUGCAUUGAAGACGGCCCACGAUCCAACAUUGGACUCACUGAAUGAAACGGUUGAUCUUGUCAAGGUCAGCUCCGUGGUAUCGAAUGUUUCUGUCACUAGUGAGGAUAACGACUCUAGCCAUCCUGGAGCCGGGGCACUGGCCAACUCGGGUUCGAAACCGACCACCAAGAUCACCAUCUUUAGUUUUACUAGCCCUGAAGAAGCGACGCGACCUGGUGGUGAUGGCAAAGAGCAGCCUGUGCUGACCCUAUACCCUCUUAACCAUAGUGUGGCAUCAGAGUGGCUAGACGGGCUGUUGAUGCUACUCGAUCAAAAGCCAAUCACGGCCGAAACCAAUAAGCUGGCAACGCUGGUGGAAGAUUAUGGCUUAAAGAUUAGGCUGCUGAAUGUGCGCAUGGAAGCAGCAUACCAAGGCCCACCUCCAGGAGCAGGAGUAGUGCCAAGCCGUGAAGGACUGGAUGAUGAUUACUGGUACGAGGUCUAA